UAAAUGUAUUUCUUAUCUGUGGGGUCUGUUUUGUUUUGAGUGUAGAUAAUGCGGCGUUCAAAUGAGGCGCCCCUUGGCGGAUAUAGUAUACCCCUUAACGGCUUUGCGUAUAUUUAAAAUUUGUAAAGACCCAAUCGUGACACGCUGUCCCAUGACAACCAGAAGAAGCGCGCAUGGCAGCCAGUGGCAAGCAAAUCAACAAAGUAUCCAACCGGCCUGGGCUGUUUCUCCUCCGUAGCGUCUUCCCUGCGUGCCGUCAGCAAGCGAAUCAGUUGCCAGUUACCAGCUAUAUGCGGUGCAUGCAACAGCAUCGUCUUUUCAAUUCGCCCGCAUUACUUUCGAAAGCGAAACUUACGUAAAAUCUGCAUUUUCGCAUUUUUAAAUAUAGACCAUCAUAGCAUGUAGCGCCAUGCCACUACAAAAAACUAGGACACAUUUAUAAACAAUCGCCGUGGAGAAAAAGAGCCCAAAACGCUCAGCAUGAUUAUGGCUUCGUUGCGCGUAGUUAAUCGACUUGUGUGCCGUGGCUUUAUUGUGCUCACCUUGUUGCUCAUGUUCUUCAAUGAAGUGCUUAUUUAUUAUGUAGCACAAUCCAGCUGGAACCCAAUCGACUGUAAACUGGAAAACUGCACACGGCUGCUGCUCAUUGCGGAUCCGCAGAUCUUGGGCACCUCCUACGAUCGAUCGUCGCACAGCCCACUGGCCCGCUACGACUUGGAUCGUUAUCUGCAGAAGUCCUUUGAGCGCGCCGUCUCCUUUACGCAGCCACACAUUAUAGUUUUCCUGGGAGAUCUGCUCGACGAGGGUAACAUAGCUACCGCUCAGGAGUACAAGCAAUAUGUGCGGCGCUUCAAGCGCAUCUACCACAACAAAAGGCUAAUGAAUCGUGUUCAUGUGCCAGGUGAUAAUGAUAUUGGUGGCGAUAAUGGCGACUAUAUAUCGAACUCGAAUCAGCGUCGUUUUGAAAACGAAUUCAUGAGCGAGGAUCUGUUUGACUAUGACAAUCAUUUACGUUUCUUCAAGAUCAAUCGCAUGCUCCUGGAUUUCAGCAAUCCCGACAAGGAUCACAAUGCAGAUCGACUUCGCAUCGGUGUCUCCCAUGCACCGUUACUCAUCGGCGGUGGUCCGCUGCUGCGAGCUGUUAUCAGCGAUUUGGAUCCACACAUUAUAUUCUCGGGUCAUUGGCAUGAAUCUCGUAUAUUUAUUUAUCCCUCCACGAAAGUCAUCAAUUUCUAUGAGAAUGCCGUGCGGCAUUUUGAUCUGAAAGCGCUCAAGGAGCAGGAGCACAGCUAUUUGGAGAUUAUGGUGCCAACCUGCUCGUAUCGCAUGGGUAAAUCCAAAAUAGGCAUGGGCUACGCCGUGUUAGAAAACUACAAUCUCAGCUAUACGGUUCUGUGGCAGCCAAAUCGCUUUAUUCUGCUCUUCACGUAUGUAUUUUGGGGACUAUUUGUGCUAUGCUGUGCGAUAGUCUACAAAAUGAUGACAAGAUGUCCCUUCCGAGUGGCCAAACGGCAAACACUUUAUAGCCGCGUAUCGAACAUACCUCAAUUUUAGACUGUUUAAUCCUUAGCUCGAGCAAUUGUCAAUACAAUCAAUCAAAUGAGUCAAUCCCAUUUGUAGCAUAAUACUAGUAUUUUAAAUUAUAGCUGAGCUGGAUUUCGCAGAGGCCUAAAAAACUAUUUAAUUUUCUUAUAUUUAAAAUUAGGUUUAUUAUGACUGUUAUAUAUUUGUCAGCAAUUAGAAAUUAUAAAAAUUGUAAUUCUACUACAUUUAA